AUACAUAUAUAUAUAUAUAUAUAUACACGAAGUGAUAAGAGUUACGUUGUAUUUAUGGUGCAAACAAAAUAUGUAUAUUUUUGAAAUUAAAUAAAAUUUUUAUUUUUAAUCUUAAAAAUUUUUAAUCUGAUACCUUAAUUCUUAUCUAAAUAAUUUUAUUUUUAAUUUAUUAUUAUUAAACUAUCUUCUAUAUCAACUGAAUCUCAUUCUUUUUUGUAGAGUUUAUUUGUUACUAUAUAUAAUAAAAAAUUUUAUAUCAGUUAAAUGGUUAAUUGGUAAUUGCGAUAAAUCUUAUUAAUCGUUCUUAUCAGUUUUAUAUAUUUAUGAAAACAGUGUCUUUCAUAUUUUUUUGAUUAAAAAAUAAUUUUAUAUGUGACUUGCAUUACGUACAUAACCUAUAACGAUAUUUUUAUUCUGAAAUUAUUAGUGAUUAAAGUAAAAAAUGUCAAAAAUUGUUAUUGUUGGUUCAUGCAUGGUUGAUUUUACUUGCUUUUCUCCUCGUUUUCCAAAACCUGGGGAAACAAUAGUGGGUAGAAAAUUUGAGAUAAAAUAUGGUGGUAAAGGUGCUAAUCAAUGUAUAUCAGCUGCCAGGCUUGGUGCAAGCACAGCAAUCAUUGCUUCUUUAGGUUCUGAUAAUUAUGCUCAAGAGUACUUAAAGAUUUUUAAGAAGGAAAACGUAAAUGCUUCUCAUGUUCAAAUACAAACAAAUGUACAUACCGGAAUAUCACAUAUUACGGUUAUCGACAGUGGCGAAAAUAAUAUCAUAACUGUGUUAGGAUCGAACAACUUAUUAAGUCGCAAUCAUGUAGAUAGCUCGAUAAAUUUAAUCAAGAAUGCUGCCGUUUUAUUGUGUCAAUUUGAAAUACCUUUGGAAAUUACUUUACACGCCUUGAGGCUUCACAAAAAUUAUGGUCUAUCAAUUGUAAAUGGAGCACCUGCUAUGAAAAAUAUUGACUUGGAAUUGUUGAAACUCUGUGAUAUAUUCUGCGUUAAUGAACUCGAGGCAGAAGUUAUGAGUGGAAUAUCCUUCGACGGAGAAUUGAGUAUAGAACACAUUAUGAAUAAAUUGUUGGAUAUGGGUUGCAAUACAGUUAUUAUUACUCUCGGUAAACAAGGAGCAAUAUACGCAUCUCAGAAGGAUAGAACUGUUAAAAAAGUUUUCACUGCUAUUGUUCAGCCUAUAGAUACAACAGGAGCUGGAGAUGCAUUUCUAGGGGCUCUUGCAUAUUUUAAAGCUUAUCACCCAACACUUUCAUUGGACGAGUGUAUCCGAAGAUCUUGUAUCAUUGCCACAAAAUCCGUAUUAAAAUUCGGUACACAUGCAAGUUUUCCGUACAAGAAGGAUUUAUCGUCAGAUCUGUUCAUUUAAAAUAAUAAAAUAAUAUAUACUUUAUAUAAACGAUA